GUCAUACAAUUUUUAGUUUAAUUAAUUAGUCAUGUUUCCGUUGGAUAAAAUUAAUAAAAAAAGAAUCAGCAGCAUAUUCCAGCGCAGAAGAGAGGCCGAAAAGGAGAAGGAUGAAGCCGAGGAUCAGCCACAGUCCGCAGCUGAACCGACAGCUCAGGCCAAGCCAAAAGGCAGAGAUGACAUAGAGAUAUUGCUGCCGCCGGCGCACGAGGGUGAGAUGCCCACUUAUUUCCACGUGGGUGGUUGGGCCAAGGAUUGUCUCACCAGCGGCUACAAGUUUGGUGUUUGGCAUUUUCGUUGCUCCACAAAGUUGGACAACGACGUCGUCUUGAGUAGUUUCGGAGAGGGAAAUCCCCACUUAACUUCCGUUUUUGGAGGCCUCGAGGUCUUCAAACAAUACGAAAAUGUUAACACAUCCCUCGCCUGGUUAACCAGCAACGAGUUGCAAGGGGAGCUCGGAGUGCGGGGUGAGCUGGCAGGCGGCAUAGCCCAUUCCCUUUUGAGGACAACACUUUUCAUGACGGACGAAUGCCAGCUCAAGGGCAAGCUGAAAGCCGGCUUCGAGCGGAAUCCCUUCAAGAUAGAGUUGUCGGUGCCCAUUGUAAAGGAGCCCACGUUGAUGGGGUACGUCCUUGUGGCGCCUGCUGCGAACUAUCUGCUGGGCUACCGUAUGGUCUACAGCCUCGCGGAGAAGGCAUUUGACAAGCACGCCUUCUGCUUUGGAUACAAUAACGAGUUCACCGAAGUGGGCCUCAAGCUGGAGAAUUUCAAAGAUCUGCGCGGUUCGAUCUUUCAGAGCAUUGGCGAGAGCUGGGCAGUGGCUCUGAAAAUGAACUUUUAUGGCGAGGAGCAGCUACAGAAGUUCGCCAUUGGAUGUCAAUACCAGCUUGAGGAUGGAUCCCUGUUGAAGGCCAAAAUUCGAGACGAUGGAAACGUGGGUGUCGUCUUUCAGACCAAAAUAGGCGAAAAUAUUGAAGUGAUGUAUCAUGUGGGCUGCGAGGGCAAAGCCCCGAUUAGUGGGCAUCAUAAGAUCGGCGCUUCCUGGACUUUUAACUGUUAGAUGUCUAAAUUAUAGUGGUUAAAUAAAAUAUUGUUUAUCGUUUGACUCAA